CGUAUGUAUAGUUGGGGUACGUAUUUGUUUGUGUAACUAUACAUUGCGUGUAAACAGCAACAAGGUCCACACAACUACGAUAUACAUACACUCACAAGAACGCUUGAUCCUUACACCCACACAAACAACACCAUGUCGGACUGUAUCAUGAAACGAUCGGGUUCGAUCGAAGACGAGGCGGCUACAAAACGUGCAAAGGUCGAAGAUACAGCAGAUACAACUUCAACGCAAGAUAAACAAGCUGUAGACACAAACACGACACUAGACACGAAAGAUAUAAGCGACCAGUCUAGUCGUGCUGCGACAACGGAUAAGGAUACUAGCUUAGAGACGCCGCAGAUUGCGAGUGACAGUGUUAUUGUAGACGGUGUAGAAGGUGGGAUCUCUACCGAGCACACGGAUGAGACGCCGUACGAGGGCAAGUACUUCCGAGACAUCCGCAAGGAAUCACACAUGAGUGAGGCUAUGGCUGGUAUUGAAGCCUUCACCACACCCGGCACUCCAUUCCACUGUAUACUGAAGCACAGAUACUCUGAUUUCGUAGUGAAUGAGAUUGAUCCUGAUGGCAAUGUCGUCCACUUGACGUCGUUAGAGUGCCACUUGGAUUUGGAAGAGCAAGACAAAGCGCAGGAAAAACAACAGGAAGACGUGAAGAUAGCUGAGCAACCGGCUGAUGCAGACUUCUUCGACACGCUAAGUGGGGUGCUGGAUGCCGGUUGGAUAACGAAGGUCAAAGAGUACCUGACCAACAGUCUCAACGAGGACGACAUUCCCAAUAAAGAAGCACUCCGCAUCAACACAGAAGACUCGAGCGCAGCCGAGUUUGGCGCUCGCGCAUUGGUAUUUCCAUAUGAGGACUCAAAGGACAAACGCACACGGCUGCACCAGUUUGUGAAGACACACUUUGCCACCACACACCGCACAGACACCGUCGCCAAUGCAGACAAGAAAACCUGUGUGAGAAUAGUCAAGGGACGAAACCAGGACAAAAGGCGGCCCAGAAAAACCGAGAACAAGUUCCUCGAGUUUGUGCUGUACAAAGAAGCACGUGACACCAUGUCGUCUGUCAGCAUCAUCGGCAAGACCCUCAACGCUCGCCCUCACAUCUUCUCGUACGCGGGUGUGAAGGACAAGCGUGCUAUAACCACUCAGCGCAUGCGCAUUAAGGGCCGAGAGGCCCAGAACACGUUCCGCGCCAACUCCCGGCUGACGGGGAUGUUCCUGGGCAAUAUGAAGUAUGCCGAUACACCGCUGGGUUUGGGUGAUCUGCAAGGCAAUCGCUUCACAGUGGUACUGCGAGAGCUAAGUGGCAUAGAAGACGAGGACAUCACUACUAGAAUUGAAGACCAUCAAGACAAAAGGGCUUUCUGA